AUGGAGAAGAGGCAAAAUGUUCUGCGCCUACAAGCACAACGAGACGAGCUCAAUUCUAGGGUGAUUGAACUUUUUGUGAAGCAUCCUGAGUUGUUCGAAGCCCUCGGCAUCGCCCAACCGAAAGGUGUUUUAUUAUACGGCCCACCUGGAACUGGCAAAACUUUGCUUGCCAGAGCAGUAGCACACCAUACUGAGUGCACCUUUAUCCGUGUAUCUGGCUCUGAGCUCGUUCAAAAAUUUAUUGGAGAAGGAGCGAGAAUGGUUCGCAAAUUUUUCGUCAUGGCCAAACAGCACGCUCCCUCAAUCAUUUUCAUGGACGAAAUUGAUUCUAUUGGAUCGAACAGAGUAGAAGGAUCUAGUGGUGGAGACUUGGAAGUACAACGAACGAUGCUGGAAUUACUGAAUCAACUCGAUAGUUUUGAAGCAACGAAAAACAUAAAGGUAAUCAUGGCUACUAACAGAAUUGACAUCCUUGACCCUGCACUGCUUCGUCCUGGUAGAAUUGACAGAAAGAUCGAAUUUCCCGCACCUGACGAAAAGACUCGUAGAGAAAUUUUGAAAAUCCACUCCCGCAAAAUGAAUCUGAUCAGAGGAAUCAAUAUGAAGAAGGUGGCAGAGGCGAUACCUGGAGCAAACGGUGCUGAGAUUAAGAUGUGUACAUGGCCAGGUAGUGAAUUUCAGGCAGUAUGCACAGAGGCUGGAAUGUUUGCUCUUCGUGAGCGGCGUGCACAUGUUACCCAGGAAGAUUUUGAGAUGGCAGUAGGAAAGGUGAUGCAAAAGGAUACGGAGAAGAACAUGUCACUUAAGAUGCUGUGGAAAUGA